UCUGUAUCGUUCGUUGAUAUCUCACUCGUCGUAGCCAUAAUCGUGAUAAAAUUAAUAAUUUAAUGAUCGUUCGAGACGAAUCAUAAAUAUUUGUUAAAUAUUUUUAAGAGCUGUGAUUGAUUCGAUCUCUAGACCAAUAGAAACAUUCCAUUUGAAAAAAUCAAGAUGUUCAAAAUAUGCCAUAAUAAGUGAAGUAUAAAGCGCGGGUUUGUAACUAACCUUAGAUUUAAUUACAGACAAUAAACAUUUGAGUAAUAUUAUGGCUACUGAUAAUGAGAAAUCAACCAAUUUACCAUGGGUUGAAAAAUAUCGUCCUAAAAAGUUGGAAGAUCUCAUCUCUCAUGAAGAAAUACUAAAAACGAUUAGCAAAUUCAUAAAUGAAAAUCAACUCCCUCAUCUUCUACUUUAUGGACCGCCAGGAACAGGAAAAACAAGUACUAUAUUAGCUUGUGCUAGGAAACUUUACAAACCUGAGCAAUUUAAUUCUAUGGUAUUAGAAAUGAAUGCAUCCGAUGAUAGAGGAAUAGGUAUAGUCAGAGGACAAAUUUUAAAUUUUGCUAGUACAGGUACUAUGUACAGAUCUGGAUUUAAAUUAAUUAUUCUCGAUGAAGCUGACGCUAUGACCAAUGAUGCUCAAAAUGCUCUUAGGAGAAUUAUUGAAAAGUAUACGGAGAAUGUACGCUUUUGCAUUAUAUGUAAUUAUCUUGGCAAAAUUAUACCGGCUUUACAAUCAAGAUGUACCAAAUUUAGAUUUGGACCACUGCAAUCGGAACAAAUUUUACCAAGAUUAAAUGAGGUUAUAGAGCUGGAAAAUUUGAAAGUAAUGGAAGAUGGAAAGCAAGCAUUAAUGACGUUGUGCAAUGGCGAUAUGAGGAAAGUACUAAAUAUACUUCAGAGUACUUGGUUAGCUUUUGGAUCUGUCACAGAGGAAACGGUAUAUUCUUGCGUUGGACAUCCACUCCCAGUUGAUAUAAAAAAUAUUGCUAACUGGUUGCUAAAUGAAUCUUAUGAAUUAUCCUAUUGUAAAAUACAAGAUCUAAAAAUAAAGAAAGGACUCGCAUUGCAGGAUAUACUUACUGAAUUGCAUUUAUUUGUACAUAAAAUUGAGUUCCCAGAUUACAUACUCAUAGAUCUGAUAAUAAAAAUGGCUGAAAUCGAGAAAAGGGUAGCAGUUGGAUGUAGCGAGGCGAUACAAUUAAAUGCUCUAGUGGCAGCUUUUCAUCAAGCACGGGAGAUAAAUGUUUGAAAAGUAUGAAUCAUACAUACACACACAUUAUAUAUAUCCACGAAUUCAUUCAUAAGUUUUUCAGUUAAAAACUUUAUUCAUUUCAUAAACUGUAUAAAAGACAAUUAAUUUGAAUUGAAAAUAAAGGUCUUUUUUUGUAUAUUUUUUUCAAAUUUGGUGA